AUGAAGCUCAUUUCCCUUCUCUCGCUCCUCCCUCUCGUCUUCGCGGCGCCGAAUAAACGCGCCUCCGGAUUCGUCUCUGGCGCAGAAUUCGGCCAGAACAAUAUCCCCGGCGUUCUGGGAACCGAUUACAUCUGGCCGGAUCUGUCGACCAUCCGCACGCUGCACGAUGCGGGCAUGAACAUCUUCCGCGUUGCUUUCAUGAUGGAGAGGUUGAUUCCGGGACAGUUGACUGGAACUCCGGAUGCAAAGUAUCUGAGUGAUUUGAAAGCCACAGUCAAAGGAAUCACAGACUUAGGUGACUAUGCGAUUAUCGAUCCGCAUAACUUCGGACGAUACUACGGCAACGUCAUCUCCUCGACCUCCGACUUCGCUGCCUUCUGGACAACUGUGGCCAAGGAAUUCGUCAACAACGACAAAGUCAUCUUCGACACCAACAACGAAUACCACACCAUGGACCAAACGCUCGUCCUAAACCUCAACCAAGCCGCCAUCGACGCCAUCCGCGCCACCGGCGCAAAAAGCCAAUAUAUAAUGGUGGAAGGCAACUCCUGGUCCGGCGCAUGGACCUGGGUCAACGUAAACGACAAUCUGAAGGCGCUGACAGACCCCAACGACAAAAUCGUAUACCAGAUGCACCAGUACCUCGACUCGGAUGGAUCGGGAACGUCCGAGUCGUGCGUCAGCUCCACGAUCGGGCAAGAGCGAGUCGCGGCCGCCACGGCCUGGCUAAAAGCCAACGGCAAGAAGGCGUUCCUGGGGGAAUUCGCAGGCGGCGCGAAUAGCGUCUGUCAGACCGCCGUGCAGGGCAUGUUAAACUAUAUGAGUCAGAACACGGACGUGUGGUUGGGCGCGUCGUGGUGGGCCGCUGGGCCGUGGUGGGGUAACUAUAUCUUCAACAUGGAGCCGAGUAGUGGGACGGGGUAUACGAAUUAUUUGAGCCUGUUGAAGCCGUUCUUUGUGGGUGGUACUGGGGGUACGACGACAUCGGCGACCAGGACCACCACUAGCGCCACCACUACCAGAACAAGCACCGCGACGACUGCGACUUCGACGGCCGUGGCGCAGCGGUAUGAGCAGUGUGGAGGGAACAAUUGGACCGGGCCGACGGUCUGUGCGAGCCCGUAUAGCUGUCAGAAGGUGAACGAUUGGUACUCGCAGUGCGUGUAG